CAGCUGGUCCUCAUUCAUGACAAACUAAUUGUUAUCAGGGGUACCUGGGCAAUGUAUGGGUGCAUAUAUUGGCAAGAUGGCGGAGUAAAUACUCCACCUGGGAGAAGCUUGCUGGGUUGUUUAAAGGAGGAAGUGAUAGUUUAGGAGGCAUUUGGGCCUGGUUUUAAUGUUGUGAGCCUCUACCAUGAAGCUUUUAGACCUUCUGGUGUUCCUGCUCCUGGUGUCCUUGGUAUGGAGACCUGUAUCAGGGCUGCUGCAUCCUGACUGUAGGGCUGUGGGGGCAUGCAAGUCCUACUCAGAACAUCAGGAUGCUAAAGCAGGGUCAGCGUUUCCUUGGAUAUUGGCAUAUGUGCCCAUGAGAAGCUGCCACAGAGUCUUGAGGGGCACAUAUGGGGAGUUUUCUCCUCCAGAGUAUCGCAGUGAUUCCCCGUUCAACUUGUGGUGUAACUGGACAAUCUGGGCAGGCUCCAGGAAGCAUAUCAUAAUUUAUAUUCAAGGCUUUAUCACACAGGAGGAUUGUAACAGAAAUAAAGACAAAAUCCUCUUUGAAGGAGUUUCUUCACUGGUGGAAAAUGAUGUAGUUUAUGCUUGCUGGAAGAAGGAGAUGCAAGUUUUUGCCACCUUUGCUCAGGCUGUGCAUGUUGUGUUGCUGAAGAGGUACUUGCCAAAUUGCAGAGACACCCAGUUUAAAGGCAAGUAUUACAUCUUCCAGCACCAGGAACACGAAUCUCCCUCCAGAGGUGCUUUGAUUCCUGAAACUCUCGCUCCAAAGCCAUCUAAGCAAGACAAUGUUUUCCAGCCUGGAUGGACAGACUACCUUGGAGGCUCUGCAACCUUGAUGCCGAUGGGAAGUCCAGUGAAGCUUGUCCCAUACCAAGGUGCAAGUCCACAGCUCCUGGGCAUGCCAGCUGCCUGCAUGCAGGGCUCUGAGACACAGACAGGGCCAAGGUUCUGCCAGGAAGAGGAAGGCAUAGCUGGGGGUGCCCAGUGGUUGAGCUGCACCACAAGCAGAUGUGUUGCUCCAGGUUUGGGUUAUACACGUGAAUUUUCAAGUAUGCCUUUGGAAACAACUUUGUUUGGAGCCUUGCAAGUGGUGGAGCCUUCGUUGCAGCCCACAGGCAUGAGCUGGGAGAGCAGACAGUCUGUCCUGCACCCCACCCUGAGGCUGGAAGAUUUGGGAGACCUCCAGUUUACUAUUAAACCAACACGCACAAUUCACAUGGACUUGGGUGCUGAUUUACAGGCUUCCUCUCCUGGCAGAAGCAUUGGUACCAUUGGGUGCAUUGGUACCACUGUGUCCCAGGGGCUGGGUUUAAGGAAGGACAGAAACCGUGCCCAGCUGAGCACCCCAGCUGAUGGAGCAGCAGGCAGUGGUGCUGUUGGCUUUGCAGGGGGCCUGAUGCCCAGCCUGAGCAGCCCCUAUGAUGUGGUGAGUGAGGACUGCUCACAGCUGCUGCCUGAGAGAGACCAAAGCAGUUUUGGGGCUUUGCCUGUGACUCGGGCCAGGCUGGAAAGAAUGAACCUCCAGCAUAUGGAGUUCAUGGAUAUCUUCCCCCUGGAGAGUUCCAGGGGUGGUGUUGAGAAGAAAGUGGUGCCAUGUCCCACUUUGCCAUGGGACAUUCUCCUGGAGCAUCCUCAUUCAUGUGACCAGAGCCAUCCUGUCCUGCAGGCAGUCCCUGUGCACCCUGGGAGCCCCCCCACAAGCACCCAAGCAUGCAGCUGUCCAUCUGCUGAGGAAACUCCUGCAUCCUCAUGGGACACACAAAGCUGCUGCUACCAGGGUGACGCUGCCUCACAGACUUGGCUGGUGGCAUCCCCUAGGCCAACAGAUCCAGAGCUUGCUUCCACAAGCAGAUUGGAAAUAAUCCCUGCGCCAGUGUUCUCUCUCUCUGACCUCAUUCCUAUGGGCUUUGGCUCUGCCAACAUUGCCCCUAAAGGACUUUUUCCCUCUGGAGAACAGCCCAUGUCCAGGACUGUCCCCUCUCCACUGGCAGCUUUAGGUUUGGAUCCUGUCAGCCUCAGGAGAAGGGCAGGUGUCUCACCAGGAGGACAGGAGAUGGCCUCACCAUUGUCUCCUCACCAUCCAUUGGCAGCCCCCAAAAUGGGUGUAGAUGUGUCCCCUGGCUACCUUGGCCCUUGGGUGAGAGAGGAUGUGCUGGAAGAGGGCAGCCAGCAACGAGAAACCCCAGCUCCUGUGAGCAGUCCCUCUCCAGACUCUGUCCCAAGGCCUCGUGUGGGACCUCCUCGGGCCAAGGACCCCCUGAGUCAUGGGGUGGCACCAGCUCUGCUGCAACCAGGCAUGGCCACCAGUGGCAAAAUGAUUUCUGCCUUGCUGUCUGGGGCAGUCAAAAUGCAGAAAACCAUGGAAAGUCUCCAGGUGGGUGUGGGAGAGCAGAGAAAUUCCUCCUUGUAUGCUGCCCACUCUGAUCCCCCAGCAGUCCAGUGGGAACAAAUAGUUCCAAGAGGCCAGAAACUGCGGGAGGCUGCCAAAGGUCCUGCAUCCAGACGUACGGAGACGCUGGGAGGACAGCCACAGAAGCACACUGAGCUGGGACUGCCCUGGGUGAUGGAGUACUUCCCUGUUAGGAGCUGCCACGUCAUCUUUCAGGAUGGGUUUGGGGUGUUCUACCUCCCACUGUAUGGUGACAUCCAAGCCAACAUCUGGUGCAACUGGACCAUCUGGGCAGGCCCCCAGAAGCACAUUGUCAUCUACGUUCAGGGGUUCCAAAGCAAUGAAGGCUGCGGAAAGAACCAGGACAAGAUCAUUUUCCAAGGUGUCCUCUCACGUGUGGAAACUAAGCUCGUGUAUGCCUGUCACAACCAAGGUACUCUGAUCUUUGCUUCACAAGCUACUGCAGUCCACGUGCUAUUGUUGUCAAGAAGUGGCCCCCUAAGCAGCAAAUACAAACACUUUGAAGGACAGUAUUAUGUAUUUGGAGACUAUGAAGCUGUGAGUGCUUCAGGUGGUGCUGUUGCUCCCCAAGAGCCCCUCCAGGAAACCUCUAAGGGAGAGAGCUGGAGGGCGGGGAUAACACCAGGUUUGCUGCCCAUGCUGAGAGCCUCCCUGAGCCCAUCUACUUCAUCUACUGCAGGCAAGAUCCAGGCUGAGGUGGCAAGCUCAGAGAACAAGGGCCAACAUCCCCCUGAUCUUGUGGAAGAUGCUUGGCUUGGUGCUGACCUGGGUGAGCACAGUCAGCUGCAGAGUGAAACAGAAAUGGAAAGAAGCCUUACGUAUGGUGACACUAAGGGGAGGGAACCCACUAAAGAUGUGUUGGAGGCUCCAUCAGGAGGAGGUGCUGGGCCUGAAGCUGAGCUGCCUGCCUUAGAAGUUGCAGAGGGAGAUGUAGAGCUGGUGCCUGCUCCAGUCAGCACAGCCUCACCCUACUCAGCUGAUGUCCCUGCCUCAGAGGUGAUGUCCCAGGAUGACAAAGGUGUGCCUGCUGGAGAUGUGCUGUUGCCAGGAGAAGGACAUGAAGAUCUCUUUGAUCUGGCUUCAGUUCUGGCAUCUCUGGAGAACCGUACAGCACUGCAGUCCCUGCACCAGCCCGGAGAUGUGCUAUUUGAAGUAAUGACUGAAAUCAAACACGAGGACUGGAUCACUCCUGCUGGCAGUGAGCUCAGAAGGGAUCUCCUAGAAUCUAUAAGAAGCCAUAUCCAGCAGAACCUGAAGCUCUCUGCCAACAGAGUCAGUGAAAUAAAGUUAAAGGAAGCCAAAAGGACAAGCAAUGCUAGCCUGCUGCUCACCUUCUGGCUACACCUCAAGCCAGAGGAGAGAAAUAUGUCCCUGCUGCUGCGCUCCCAGCUGGGAGAGCUGCUCGGUGCUUCAGUGGGAGCGGGGAAGCUGCAACUCGUCUCGCUGCUGGUAGAAGAUGUGAAUGAGUGCAGCUCGGGAGUCAACCUGUGUGGGGAGGAGGCAGAGUGCUUCAAUGGCGUGGGCACCUACCUGUGCCGCUGCAAGAAGGGCUACGAGGAUCAUUCUCCCACCAAGUCUGGCACCCUUUGUGUCCGUACUCCACAGUCAGGGUUGGGCUUCCUGCUCCGCCACGCUGACAUCCUGGUGGGAGCAGCCAUCACAGGCAGCCUGGCGCUGCUGGUGGCUGCUGGAGCCCUGUGCUGGGCAAAAUGGCGGAGACGGCAUCCGGGCAGGGCCCUGGGGCCUGAGGAGCCACCAGAGCAGGCUGCGGAGGAGCCGCCAGUGAUAGAACUGCGGGACCUGGGGGACUGCCUGCGUCUCGACCCCUUCCAGCUGAAACUGAGGGCGAGGCCUCCUGAGUGGCUGUGGGGGGCUCGGGCACACCAUGGCCAGACCUACAGAGUCUUCCUGGAGCAGUCACCCCCACUCUAGGGCGGCCCUCAUUACUUGUGCAGUCAGUGCUGGCUGUGCAGGAUCUCCUUGUGUGUUUUAUGGCCCACUGCUCUCCCCCAGCCUUUCUCGUUUUUGUCACUUACUGUUUUUUAAAUGCUUGCUCCCCUUUGGAAGCAAAUGCUCUCUGUAUUUUCUCCCCCUUACCCUGCUUGAGAUUUGUGCAGACCUGUUAGCAUGUAAUAAUUAAACACUUCUUUCUUUUUUUUUUUUUUUAAAGAAAAUGAAUGUUUCAGUGCUUAAUUUAGGAAAUUAAAGAUUAGCCUUGCACCUGUGCUCAGGUAUGCUGCUUUCCUCUGCCCAUCAUGCAGAGCCUCGUGGGAGCCAGGGCAUGGCUUGCAGCCACGUUGGAGCCCUCAGCCUCUUGCAGCCUGGUUGAGGAACACACCAGGCCUGACUUCGAGGUCCUGGAGAUGCUACUGGCCUUCCUGAGGAAUGGAUACAGCACUUUUAUAAUGCUUACAUGAAUCCUGAUUGCUGAGAUGCCAGCUGCGAAGAGCACCAAGCAUCACCCUAUCCUUCUGGCUGGCAGUACGGUGCAGUUGUAUCCUGGGCUUGUAACUUCCUUAUCUUUCCUUGCCAGGGCUUGUAAAAAGUAAUUUUAAUAACCUUUUUUUUCCUUUUGGGAAGUGUGUAAGUGGCAUGGCGGCAAACAUCCCACUGGAGG